GUAAGUGUAAAUACUUGGAUAUGCCUACAGCCAAACACAGGGAAAAGAUAGUGUCUCUGAUACAAAACAAUUCAGUUGUGAUUGUAGAAGGAGCUACUGGCAGUGGAAAGAGCACACAGAUUCCACAAUAUAUUUUGGAUUAUUGCAUGAACCAGUCUGUGCCCUGCAACAUUGCUGUUACCCAGCCUCGGAAAAUCGGUGCCAGCAGCCUUGCUAGGUGGAUUAGCAAGCAACGCUCAUGGACACUAGGUGGAUUUGUAGGAUACCAGUUGAGUUUAGAGAAUGUUUGGACAAAGGAGACGAGGUUGCUGUAUAUGACAACAGGAGUUCUUCUUCAGAAAAUAGUUUCUGCCAAGAGCCUAACUCAGUUCACGCACAUUUUCAUUGAUGAAGUGCACGAACGUACAGAAGAAAUUGAUUUCUUGCUCUUGGUGACCCGUAAACUGUUGUGUACAAAUUCACAGUCUGUAAAGAUAAUACUGAUGUCUGCUUCCAUCAACUCCAAAGAAUUAGCUGAUUACUUUGCGCUUCCAGUUCAUAAUGGCUUGAAUCCAGUCUGUGUAUUUAAAGUUGAAGGCAGACCUUUUGCAGUUGAAGAAUAUUAUCUUGAUGAUUUGAAGGACAUUUUUGAUUUCCAGCUUCAUCCUCAGAGCAUUGGGGAACCAAGGAUAGAAAAGAAAAUGUAUCAAGUGGCAGUAUCUCUGAUUCAGUCAUUUGAUGAGUUGGAAAAGAGGAGCUAUAGGGAGAAAAAGAACUUGAGUGGUACAUUGGAACGUGGCAGUGUGCUUGUGUUUUUACCAGGUUUAGGUGAAAUAAGAUACAUGCACUCAUGCCUCUCAGAUAAAUAUAAAAGGUGGCAAGUGUACCCACUUCAUGCAUGUGCAACAUUGGAGGAACAAAGUAAAGUAUUUUCAGCUACAGUUCCUGGCUACAGAAAAGUUAUUCUAGCUACCAACAUUGCUGAGAGCUCUGUAACAGUUCCUGAUGUUAAGUAUGUGAUAGAUUUCUGCUUAACUAAAAUUUUGUUUUACGAUAAGGAAACUAACUACCAAAGUUUGAGGCUUUGCUGGGCAUCUAAGACAAACUGUAAUCAAAGAAGAGGUCGUGCUGGACGUGUUUCCAAAGGCUUUUGUUACAGGCUCAUACGCAGGGACUUCUGGGCAGACUGUAUUCCAGAGAAGUCAGAACCUGAGAUGCUGCAUUGUUCAUUGGGAGCUACAGUAUUAAAAUUAAAGAAGCUUGGUAUAGGGGAACCAAAAGCCUUGCUGGCAACAGCUCUUUCUCCACCCAGUGUAGGUGACAUUGAACGUACAAUAGUUCAGCUGAAAGAGCUUGGAGCACUUACAACUUGCACGCAAACCAAAGAAAAUCUGCAUGAUGGUGAGCUGACUUUCUUAGGAAUGGUACUGACACAGUUGCCAGUGGAGCUGCAUCUUGGAAAAUUGAUAGUCCUUGGGCAUGUCUUCGGUUGCUUAGAGGAAUGCCUUAUUAUAGCUGCAGCAUUGUCUUCACGGAAUUUUUUUGCAGUACCUUUCAAAAAGCAUGUUGAUGCAUACAGGAAAAAAAUGUUUUUUGCUGGGAAUAGUAGGAGUGACUGUAUUGCAAUUCUGAAUGCAUUUAGGGCAUGGCAGGCCUGCAAAGAAAAAGGGAAGCUGAGAAAUCCCAUGGAAGAGCUUGAAUGGGGUCAUUCUAAUUGUGUUCACAUAAACAAGAUCAAAGAGGUGGCAGAGUUAUUUCACAACUUGAAAAAGAGAGUCAGUGCCUUUAACAUGCAUGUUAAAGCUCAACCAUGUGCUAUGGACCAGGAAUAUGUGUGCAAACAACGCUUCAUCUUGCAGGUGGUAAUAGCUGGUGCUUUCUAUCCAAACUAUUGUACAUUUGGAAAAUGUCAUGAAGAAAUUGCCAUGAAAGACCUUGCUGGCAAGGAUCCAAAAACCACUGUAAUGCUGAAGAACAUUCCUCCCUUUGGAUAUAUAUACCAUAAACAGUUGCAGUCACUGCUUAGACAGUGUGGGCAGGUAAAAUCUAUUUCCUACAAUGGAUCAAGGGCUUUUGUGGAGUUCUCCCGUAAUCCAAAGGAGGUCUUUAAGGUGCUUCCUGAAGUGUACCUGGCAGUCAAGAUGUCACAGCUAAAGAUUCCUUUUGAGCUGUGUGUUCACUAUCCAGAGGAUAUCACAAGACAAGUGCAAGGUGCAGCAGCUGCAGGCUUGGAAUUUGUAAGAGUAAAUGUGGACUGUCAGAAGCAGACAGUGGAGCCUGUGGAAAUCUCAUUUGGUGGUUUACAAAUGUCAAAGAUGAUCCCAAGUCGUUACCUGUCCAUCAGGGUAACAGAGAUAGUAGAAGUUGGACACUUCUGGGGUUACAGGACAGAUGAAAAAAAUACAGCUGUACUCCAGGCUCUAAGUGCUGAAAUUGACUAUCAGAACCUGAUGGAUUUAGCAGUGCCUCCACGUGUAGAUGUGCUUUGUCUGGCACCAUUCACUUAUCUGGGGAAGAGAGGAUACUACAGAGCUCAUGUUCUGUAUAUUCAUGGGGAUCUUGCUGAGGUUUUUUUUGUGGAUUACGGCAAUAGAUCAGAAGUGCCUUUAAAUAAAUUAAAAGAGAUUCCAAGCUGUCUUCAGGGGCUUCCUUUUCAGGCUUUAGAGUUCAAGAUCUGCAAGAUGAGUCCCUCUGCCAGAUCGCUGGUGUGUGGGGAGCGGUGGAGCUGCAGCGCCAGCCAGAGAUUUUUCUCGCUGGUCAGCGGCUGCACUCUGCUCGUGGAGGUUUAUUCCCUCGUGCACGGGGUCCUGCACGUGGAUGUUUUCCGUCAUUCGGGCAGCAAAGGCCUGCUGAACAUUCGGGAUGUGCUCAUCGAGGAGUGUCACGCUGAGCUAGCAGAGGAGUCAUACGAAUCACAACAAAGCCAUGAUUUGCUCAAGGAAUUAUUUUCGGAUGAAGCAAAGGAAAAAGAGCAAAUGCCUGUAUCUGCAAGACAGGAAGAAAAGCAUCUCAUUGAAAGAUUGUUGAACUGUUUUUCUGAAAAGAAAUCUGAUGCACCAACCCAUAAGGUAAAAGUUUUUGGUCCAUUCAGUCCUUACCAGCUGAAAUGCUACAGUCUGACCAGAAUAUCCCAAUUCAGAAAUGUUUUCAUAAGUAAGGAGAGCAUAAACUCCAUUGUUGUCCAUGAUGGUGCAGAAGAUCCCUUUCAGCAGCUCUUGGUCGCCACUGAUGUGUCAGUAACUGCAGCUGGGUGUCUGAUUUUAGGAGAAACAUCUUUGAUGCCUCCUAUUCAUGGCCUGCUUGCACUCCUCAGUAUGCUCUUUGCUCCUGCAAUAGAACUCAGAGUUGAUAAAAGUGGGAAGUAUUUUACUGGUGUUCUUUGUGGUUUGGGUUGGAGUCAGACAUCUGGGACUCCACUGCUUCCAGCAAAUGAUAUGGAGGUGACAUUUGAUGUGCAUUUCGGAGUGGAAGACAUAAGAGAGAUAAACAGUCUGAGGACAGCCAUGAAUAAGCUGCUCUGUGAGCAAGCAGUGUAUUCUGGACAAGAGCAAGUGGCACAGCUGCAGGAGAAUAUUCGUCAGAAGCUUCUAUGUUUAAUCUGCAAAUCAAAGCCUCGAAGCAUAAUUGAUCCUACCUGGUAUGAGAAGCCAUAUGCAUGGAAUCAGGUGGAUUCUCAGCGUAUUAUUGACGAGUCUGAAAAGCAGCAUGAAGGAGGAAAUUUUGUUUAUCAGCUCCACAAGCUUGUUUUGUUGAAUGAUUAA